CGAAAUUGGACUCAUUGCACUCGGUUUAGUCAACCUUUAAGUGAUUGAUCAUUUUGAGACAGGACGGAACAGUGUUUCAGAACAAAGAAGUCACCGGAUUUGUUCAACAGAACUUUAGUUGGAUUUAGGAAAAGUUGCAUUCGAUCAGUUCAACCAAACGUUCACUUGGAUUAUGCAGACUCUGAACUCAGUUGGUUCAACAGAACUGACUUAUUGAUCUCAAAAUCUGUACAAGGACUAUAGGUGUAACCUGUCUCUGAUUAAGGAAACAUUACAACGAACUGGUUUGACCAAACUUGUAUAGCUCAGUUGGUUCUACCAAACAAAUCUGUAGACUAAUCGUUAGAGAGUUGCGUUCUUUUUACUCACUCCUUUGCAAUAAUCUCCUGUGUUUAACCGGCCAUUUUGAUCUCUAUCUAAACAAUGGGUGCUCUAAGAAACACUCUUCUAAUAAUCUCCUCGUUGCUAUUGACUCUGAGCUAUUGCAAUGGACAAUUCACUGAAACUCAAAAGCAGGAGCUGCUGGAUAGACACAACAAGGGGAGGAGGCUGCAGAAGGCUUCAGACAUGAACGAACUGGCCUGGGACGAUGCCCUGGCGAGCGAAGGCCAGAAAUUAGCUGAGACUUGCGUAGGCGGUCAUGUGACGGUUAUUGUUGCUGGCAUCGAUACCGUGGGGCAGAACCUCUUCUGGCGGCAGGGUGCAAGCAACCCGCUGAAUGCUUAUGAUGCUUGGUACGGCGAGAUACAUGACUAUAAUAAGGAUACCAAUACAUGUAACAAAGAUGCAAAGUGUGGCCAUUACAGAAUGGUUGUUCUGAACACUUUAACAAAAGUUGGCUGUGGUUUUAAGGUUUGUCCGUCGUUCAAAAGCUUUGACAAGGGCACCCUUAGUGAUGUGACUUAUGUCGUUUGCCAUUAUGAUGACGCACCACUUGUAAGUGGCGCGGUCUUUACGGCAGGUAGCCCCUGCAGGAAAUGUCUUUCAGGAAAAUUCUGGUGCAACAAGAAUUUAUGCCGUACGACCUGCACUGCAGCCGGCAGUAAUUGCGAAUGUUAUGCAAAGUAUGACGGAGUGUGUUCAAACUGCGGCGCUGCCAAUGAAGCGGAUUGCACUUGUAAAUGUGCAGACGGGUACCUUGGGAAGUACUGCACAGAAAAAUGCGAAGACUUGCCUACUGGGACCAACAUCAAGACAUCAUGCACGGCAGACAUUAAAGAUGACCCGGAGUAUUUCUGCAUUGGUGACGGAGGGAAGUGUUGCCCGUAUAUCAAAGAAAGAACUUGCAGAGCAACCUGUGCACCUUUCUCUAAACUAUGCGUUGCCUUGACUCCUGCAUUAAAAACAGCUGCAACCACGGGUUGUACACAGACCAAGCCAACAGCUCCGGUCGCGCCCGUCACAGAUGCGACCGCAACCUCGCCAUCAGAUCCUUGCAAAAAUCGGAAAUGCACCAAUGGAAAGAAAGUGACAGAGGGCGCUGUCUGCAAGUGUCAAUGUGAUGCGAAGUGGCAAGGGACAUCCUGCGAUGUGACGGUCUCUGGCGGCCAGACAAUAAACGCCAACAUACUAUGCGUGGGACUUCAGGUUCUGCUGAUUUUCUUCACGUUUCUCCGUGCCAGCUUGGCUUAAAAGAGUGCGGUGUGCUAAGAUCGUUCGAAAAAUGGAUCGUCGACGAACUAUGAAAGGCUCAGUAGAGACAGGGCAGUUUUGUAACACAUUCGUUGUUGACAAAAGCAGAUAGACAGUGGUGUCAUCUGUUAUAACAAUUUUGCAUCUGCAGUGCAGAAGGGCUUAGAGCACGAACGACAGAUUGUACACAACGCAUACAAAAUGUAGUUGUAAUAUCAAUGUUUUAUAAACUUGUUGUGAUAGAUACACAUAGCGACACUGUGUAUUUUCUCUUGUCAGAAACUCAUUUAAAAAAAAAUUGCCCUAUGGCCUGUAUUUCCAAAGCCCUUCUUGUAGACGUGUGAUGUUUGAAAUAACAUAGUGUCUCACCUUCUGCUUUACGGUAUGCUGUCAUGAACCUCGGUAAAAUGAGAAGGGGGUAUUUGAGUGUGUAGGAAUUUAGAUUCUGCUAUAUGUAAAAGCUUGUACGGGUCUCUAUGCUAUAAUGUCUUGGAGGAGUUGAGAUGUGCCUUUUUACGCUUGGUUCUCAUAGAGUUCCCAUUGUCACCUGGGUUACCAGUCAAAAGAUAUCAGUGUGCAAGUGUUUCCAUUUUUGAGUAUUUAUCUUCCCUCUUUGUAAUGACAGAAGUUGGAUCGAAAGUUCUCGAUUUUUAUCCGAUUACGCAUACCCAUCAGAUUUUAUUCAUGCGCAUGCGCAAACAGAUAAAAAAAAUCGGGAUUUUUUAGAUUUUAUCUUCUGCCAAUCAGUUGCUGAUUACUGAUUCAUAUUCAAAGUGUUUAAGUCUGUAGUUGCGGAUAGUAGUAUAUUUUUAACGCAUCGAAUGUUAUUACCACUAGAAGUCAAAUGUGCGGCUCCUGAACAGAUGGCGUCCACGCCGGCGUAAACAUGUUUUACCGUUCUUGGCUUGAACAUACUGGAUAAAACAUUCGAUCAUGUGCGACUGGCACUUCCCAAAUAAACAUCUGGUCUCCAAACAUAUGCCGGAUGAGAGGUUUGAUACAGUUUAAAAUUUGGUCAAGUGGCUCGAUGAAGACAUUAGUCAUUUUGUUUCCACAUAUUAUAAACCUCUCCUCUCUUCGUUCUGCGUAUUGUAACUCCGGAACAUUUCAUAAAACUCAGUUUAUUUGUUCAGCUGAAUCGAUUAGCAAAUGCAGAAAUUGUAUGGAAAAUGAAAACUAAAUUCAAUCAUGAUAAAUGACAACUAAAUUCGCAAAAGAGCAGGUGAAAAUGCAAGGGAAGUUUGUGGUUAACAGUCAAUAGACAUUCAAUUUUUUUUAAGUGGUGAUGAUGAUGAUGAUGAUGAUGAUGAUGAUGAUGAUGAGGAUGAUGUUAUGACGAUUAUAAGAAGUUUAAUACAGUCAAAAAUUGCAAGGGAAGUUUGUGGUUAACAUUCAUUCAAUUUUUCAUAACUGAUGAUGAUGAUGGUGAGAUGAUGAGGAUGAUGUUAUGACGAUUAUCAGAAGUUUGAUACAGUCAAAAAUUCAGUCAAGAUACUCGAUUAAGACAAGGUCAUUGUGUUCCCACAUGACAUUCAAGCUUUCCUGCUGGAAGUAGGAUUGACCUGAUUCAUAACGUAAACCUCUCAUCUAGAGAGAGAUUGGGAGCAAAUGUUUCUGGGCAUUCAAACACAACAACUGAACUCAUCGGAUUGAUUGACAACUAUCUAUUUUCGAAGAGUGGAUCCAGAAAAUUUCAUAAAAUAACUCAGCUGCUGAAUCGAAUAGCAAUCAAUUCAUUUUGAAAACAGGUUAUAUGCGUUUUAGUAGCCAGAUGUCACAUUCAAAAAGUGCAAUUUAAGCUGAUGCGAGAUAUGAGAAACCUUUUUCGAUGCCGAAAACAACAUUUAUCCCACAAAUGGUCUAAUAUGGAUUUUAUAGUCGUUUUGUGCCAAUUUAUAAAACUUUUUAAUUCGAUCAUUUUUACAGAAAGCCACAUCAAAUGCACCAAUUCAUACAACACUUACACUGCUAUAAAGUGUUUCUAGUUCAAAGCUGCAAUAUAUCAUAUGGUAAGGUAAUACCACGAAUUCAUAAUGUCUAAAAAUUUGGAACUUCAUCAGAAAUUAUAAAAACUCAAGUUUUUUUCAGAAGGGUAGGUAAAAG